GCUGUGCUGUUUCUUACUUCCCUCUUUGUUUUCACAGGCUGUAGGAUCCUGGCCGUGGAGCUGACAUCCAAGGACCUUAAACCAGUGGUGCAGGAAUUCCAAAGUAUCGAACUGUCCUGCAUCAUUACAUCCACCACGACGCCUGACCCCAGGAUCGAGUGGAAGAAGAUCCAGCACGGCGACACCUCAUAUGUGUUCUUUGACAAUAAAAUGCAGGGGGACUUCAUGACGCGUGCAGAAAUUUAUGGCCGGACGUCGCUGGUGAUCAAAAACGUCACCCGCAUGGAUACGGCCACAUACCGCUGUGAAGUGGCGGCGCCCAAUGACAAAAAGAACAUCGACGAACUAAACAUCGAGCUCACAGUGCUAGUGAAACCUGUGACUCCCAGGUGCAGAGUGCCUAAAGCCGUACCUGUGGGCAAAUCCGCUUCCCUUCACUGCCAGGAGAAUGAAGGCUACCCGGCCCCCAUUUACAGCUGGUACCGCAACAGCGAACCUUUACCAACAGACUCCAAAUCUAAUGCCAAAUUCCAGAAUUCCUCCUUCAUCUUGAAUCCAGAAACCGGCACUCUGGUCUUCCACGCUGUGCACAAGGGUGAUACGGGCCGUUACUACUGCAUAGCAACGAAUGACGCUGGCGUAGCCAAGUGUGAGGAGCAAGAGAUGGAAGUCUAUGACCUUAAUAUUGCUGGGAUUGUUGGCGGAGUCCUGGUUGUCCUAGUGGUUUUGGUGCUGAUAACUCUUGGUAUCUGCUGUGCCUACAGAAGGGGCUACUUCGUAAACAACAAGCAGAACGGGAAAAACUACAAGACUCCUGCCAAACCAGAGGGUGUUAACUACAUCCGGACAGAUGAGGAGGGUGAUUUCAGACAUAAGUCUUCAUUUGUCAUAUGAGAUGCCAAUACGAUACUGUGAGUCAGCAAGAACAAGUGUGAGAAUGCCUCCUCCAGGAACUUGAGAACAAAAGAUGAACAAAGUAUGCCUGGAGGAGUUUGUACACACAUGGACUUGAUUUUUUUUUUUUUGCCAAAGCUUAAGAACAUCCUCACUGCCCAGCCAUUCUCCCUCUCCCCACAACUGGCUCCCCCCAGAGAUGCUGAUCGGGAUCACCUAAGUCUUUUCUUUCUGAACUGCAGAAGCUUGUAGAACUCUCUUCUUCCUGUGGGGCAGGGAUCGAGACAGUGUACAAACCAAAUGGGGAAGCAGCAUUAGGUUAACGUGCAUCUAAAUGUGAUAGGCAAAAAGGCACUGACACAGCACAAGAGACUAAAGAAUAAGAUUUAUCGAUGCAAUAGGAGAAAUCUGCUCACCCUAAUGUAUUUGGAAGCAUACUAGGCUUCUGUGCUGUGCACAAAUGAGGGCUCCGAGCCCUUCUUAGCAUAAUUUUAUGUUUGAAGCUCUGCUAGGAUGAUUUGACAAAAUAUCUGUCUCAUCGAUUCUACAAAUCCCCGUGUGUGAGCAUUUAUGCUAGCUGGCCACUGUUCAGGGCAUGGCAAUAGCCUCAACCAUUUGACUUUUGGGGACUUCAAGAUCAGGCUUUGAUUCUGCAGGUCCAGAAUGAGCAGCUGAGUUGAGUCUAUAGUGGGGAGGGGGUGCAGAUACCAUGCAGGCAACUAACAUGAGUUAAAAUGUCUUGGCCCUGCUGCCGUAUUUAACUUUUUACUCGCGGUGUAUGGCAUCAGUCCAAAAGGAUUGCUUUUGUACACGGCUUUACAAAACUUCUACCACAUGAAGGCAGCUUUUCAUUCUAAUCAGCACAAAGCAGGCUUGCCUGCUGUAUUUUACUAUGUUAGGACGCUUGCAGUAGAGGUGGAAAAUCUUAAAUGUUUCAAUAUCCCUCAAGUGAAAAUUGAAGCCAAAUGCAUUCUUUGGGACUAAUAUUUUCAAAAGGUACUGAGAUGUCUUCAAGCUUUUAUUUUUUUUUAAACAGUUCCCAUUUUUUUUUGUAAAAUUCUGCAUUCUAAAUUUUUGCAAAGAUAUAUUUUGAUUACUUCAAAGAAGGUAACAUUUCUAUUUAAAAUGUAAAUAUGCUAUGCCAACAGUAUUAAAUAAUGUUGCUAUUUUUAAAAAAAGUCAUUUUUAGGCUACAGACAGGAGCUCAAAUGCUGUGACAGCGGAGCACUGUCAGAGCAUAUCAGUAUUAUUGCAAAGAGUAUAGUAAAGCAACUUAAAAGGCUGCAGAUGGAGAUGCAUCCCUUUUCUCCUUACCUAGCUACAGCAAUUUCUGUGCCAAGAGAUCUUACAGGAUACAAAAUGGAGAGUCACUCAGGGAUGGGUUUUGUAACUUUAAGGUAGGAGCUAGUCAGCUUUUAUUUCAAAUUAUUUUUCUUGCAAGAAAACAUUUAUUUCUAAGAAAUAUCCUGUGAUUUUUUUUUUUUUUAUUCAGUUAUGAGCCGGUAACAGAGUGACUUAUGUACCACUCCCUAUGCAAGUUCUUCAGUUAACUUUAAUUCAUUUUAAUUCCUGUGAAUUUGAAUUGCAUAGCUUCAGUAAAAAAAUCUGGAGUUGUGCAAGCAAAAUGCUUGUCACAGAAGUAGUUUUGAAAUAUUAAUUGCAACUUUUCCUUAGCUGGUAAAACUACCACUCCUUUUUGACUUUGAAAGGGAUCAGUUAGAACCCCUGGUUCUUCAGAAAAACACUUAUUGCAUUGGAUAAAAGCAAAAUAGGCAGAUGCAACACUGCAACUGUGCUGUGGUUAAAGAAUGGGUUUUUAAUGUAGCAUAAUUUAGUGUUCUUGUAUUUCAACUAUAAAUUGAGUUGUCUUAACUUUUGAUGCAUACAGUAUUUUGAAUACUUGGCAAUUUGGACUGUCAGUGUUAUUUUUUAGUGUUUUGUAUUAAUCUGCCUUGGAUUUCUCACCAGAUAUUGAGUGAUUUUUUUUUUUUUUUUUAAGGGGCCUCACUGGACAUGCCAUUGCUGCAUUUAUUUAAAUGCUUGUCUCACUACUUUCCCCUUCUGUUAUUGAGGUGGAGUUGAAGUUGGGACAGCAAUGCCCACAUGCUCUUUGGAUGGUGGCAAGUUGACCACUGCUGCCUUGCAAUUAUGGUUACCUUUAAGUGAUGCUCUUCAAAACCAGGUAUUACUGUCCACUGGCUGCAUGUUGUCCUCUAGUCAACAUGGUGACAGGGUACUUAAAGACACUUCUCCUUUACCAGUUUUAGCCACUACUCUUUUUUAACAUGCUGCUCCUAGGACAUCUAAGAUAAGGAAGAGAAGAAAAAUCUCAGAGUCAGGGUGGCUUUUGGCACAAUGAGGAGCACAGACUGCAACUUAACCUUCUGCUGAAGGCAGCACUUCACUGCAAAAAGCCACAAGCUUUGUUUUUCAGAUCAAAAUGUGACAGUGGCAUCUCUAACGAGAUGAGGGGAAAACCACCCCACACGUAAUGAGAUCUGAUUUAUGGAACUCAUUGUAAAUAGUUUAAUAUGCAGGUUUGUACUAAUGUAUUACAUUUAACUUUGCCAAGAAUGUUUUACAUAAAUAUGAAGCUAUUAAAGCAUU